GUUGCAUGUAUCAAGAGUACAUUGGAUGUUGCCAACAGUGGAAGUGGCAACGACAAAACUAUGUGUCAACGCCUAGAAUGUAUGAAGCACUUAUGGACACAGACGGAUCCAGCAGGACAAACGACAACUGCGAAUGAGUUCUGGGAGAAGAAUGUCCAGGCGCUGUGGACAGAACUGUCCACAGCAAUACAGGGAAAAGGAAAUGAAGAAGGAGAAGGAUGUAAAACAUUGGUAGAUGCAUCUCCUUCUGAAAAGACGGCAUGCAAUUUUUUGCAUGCGGGUUUUAAAGAACUGUACAAGACGCCGUCGUCGACAGACGACGACGUCUUAAAGAACAACCCAUCGUUUAGACAAACGAUGGGUUGUUUUUUACUUCAUUCGUAUGCAAAACACAUGAAAAAAAAGGCUCUUUGUGAUAUUGAAAAGGGGAUAGAGAAGGCAUUUGAUUCGUGGCAGAAUCCAAAGGAUAAACCUGGAACUUCUUGCAAUGGUGUCAGUAGCAAGGGACCUUGUGUCCCUUGCCAAUGGAAAGAGAAAGACUAUGACGAGUGCAAAAUUAACGGAGCUGGUAUGAAGGAAACGGAAGUGAAGGACAAAUUGAAGAACAUUGUCAAGGAGAACGAUGCCGCUGUGACUGCAGCUGCAAAGGCAAUGAACGAAGUGAAGGACUUAUGUAAACACUUCCAAUGUAUAUCAGAAAGAUGGCUGAAAGAGGAAAAAGGAAAAAAUGGACCCCUGACAUCAACCGAUUGG